AUACAGAAAUACUUUCUAAACAUCUUCAAUGGAAUUUUCUUGGUUCUGGGUCUUGUGCUAUUGCAAUUUGGCUUUUGGCUUUUAUUUGACAGAAACAAUUUAUUCAGUAUGCUAUUUUCUUCAAGUGACAAUCAGCUAGUAGCAUAUAUUUCUUUUAUGUUCCUUGGAACUGGAUCUCUUAUAACCUUUACAUCAGCCAUGGGAUUCCUUGGAAGUGUUAAGGAAAUCAAAUGUCUGCUUGUUACAUUUAUGAGUUUUCAGCUCCUGGUGUUUGGCAUCCACUUGGCAGCAUCAGUGCUGACAUUUGUGAAGAAAGAAGAGGUCCAUAAUCAAUGGAACAACAGAAUUGAUUAAGUUAUUUCUGAAUAUGGGAAUAAAGCGCUGACUGAGAAGGAACCUAUGUGGAACAUUCUGAAUGCAGUGCAGCACAAUAUGGAAUGCUGUGGAAGAUACAACAUCACCCAGUGGGAAAAGAAUAAAAAUAAUAAAAAAAAAAGUACUGAGAUCCCAUGUUCAUGCCCAAAAUCUAGUCUGAAGAAAUGAUUUUGUGAUACUCAGGGAAUUCGACAUACCAUGUGCAGAAUUCUUCUCCACAGCCAGAGAAAUAGCAAGCCAGAAAAUGAUCUCAGUGCCUCCCAUUGCAUUCUUCUGUUCCUUGAAGGAAACUACACGCUGCAGCUCAGUUCUACCAGUGAACAUUUAGGAACCACCAGCCUGCCUUUAUUUCUUCGUACUCUGGUCCAUGGUGGAGCCAAAGAAAACACUGAAGGCAUAACUGAAACAUCUAGGAUCUGUAAUUCCACUAAACUUUUAGAAUUAGAACCUACUAAUUCCUGUAUUCUCAGGUUCAAGGAUUGCAUAGCUUAUGGUGGGCUGUAA